UUCUCGCACGUUCCGCAAAUUUUCAACUACAAAAAUGUACGCCCAACAGCAACCUAUCCUUAUUCUAAGUAAAAAUACCCAGCGCGACAGCGGCCGAAAGGUGCAGUUGGAGAACAUCAAAGCCGGCAUAUACAUAGCCGACUUGAUCCGCACAUGUCUGGGACCGCAGGCGAUGAUGAAAAUGUUAAUGGACCCGAUGGGAGGCAUCGUGAUGACAAAUGAUGGCAAUGCGAUCCUGCGUGAAAUCACAGUAAAUCAUCCGGCUGCCAAGAGCAUUAUCGAAAUUGCGCGUACUCAAGACGAGGAGGUUGGCGAUGGAACGACGUCCGUGAUCGUGUUGGCCGGCGAGAUGCUGUCUGUGGCGGAACAGUUCAUCAAACAGCAGAUUCAUCCAACCGUGAUCAUCCGGGCGUACCGGGAAGCGCUGGAAGACAUGGUGCGCAUCCUGCAGGAUGAGGUCAGCAUUGAGUUGGAUCGCAACGACAACAAGAAGCUCCAGGAGGUGGUGAAGUCCUGCGUAGGCACGAAGUUUGUCGGCCGAUGGGCGGAUCUGGCAGUUCGUAUUGCACUCGACGCCGUGCAAACAGUAACACUGACGGAAAACGGCCGCACCGAAAUCGACAUCAAGAAGUACGCAAAGGUGGAGAAAAUUCCCGGCGGAUCGAUCGACGAUUCGUGCGUGCUGCGCGGUAUCAUGCUCAACAAAGACGUGACGCACCCGAAAAUGCGUCGCUACAUUGAGAAGCCGCGUAUCGUGCUGCUGGACUGUCCACUUGAGUACAAGAAAGGCGAGAGCCAGACGAACGUGGAGAUUGUAGGCGAUCAGGACUUCACGAAGCUGUUGCAGAUCGAGGAAGAGCAAGUGGCUCGCUUGUGCGCGGACAUUAUUGCCGUAAAGCCGGACAUCGUGUUCACCGAGAAAGGCGUCUCGGAUUUGGCGCAACACUUCCUACUGAAGGCUGGCAUUACGGCCAUCCGUCGGCUGCGGAAGACGGACAACAAUCGGUUGGCACGAGCCUGUGGUGCUACGAUCGUCAAUCGCACAGAGGAACUGACGGAAAAGGACGUCGGAACUGGGGCUGGACUGUUUGAGAUCAAGAAAAUGGGUGACGAGUAUUUCUGCUUCGUUACCGAAUGCACCGACCCUAAGGCGUGUACGAUUCUGCUCCGUGGUGCCUCGAAGGACGUACUGAAUGAAACGGAACGCAACUUGCAAGACGCGCUGCACGUCGCUCGGAACCUGAUGCUCGAACCCAAGCUGCUGGCGGGCGGAGGCGCUGUCGAGAUGGCCGUUUCUCAGGCACUGACAAACAAACAGAUCCAGGGACCGUACCGGGCGGUUGCACAAGCGCUCGAGAUUAUUCCCCGUACACUAGCACAGAACUGUGGCGCUAACACGAUUCGCACACUGACUGCACUCCGGGCGAAGCAUGCAUCGCACUCCGAUGGCCCGUGCACAUGGGGCAUUGACGGCGAGUCUGGACAGCUAGUGGACAUGAAAGAGAAAAACAUCUGGGAACCGCUGUCGGUGAAGCUGCAGGUGUAUAAGACGGCCGUUGAGACCGCGAUUCUUCUACUGCGUAUCGACGAUAUUGUCUCUGGAUCGAAAAAGAACAGCAACGACGGAACCGGUCCGUCUCCGGCUGCUGCUGCUGCCGGCAAGGGAGAGUAAGGCCGGAAGUUUAUCAGCCAUCGUGGCAUUUCACAUGGUUCUCCCCUAAAUAAGCCUUUUAGUAUUGCACGGCAUGAUCGCCGGCAGUUUUUUCGUUCGUUCGUUUGUUUCAUUUUAUACAUUCGUGAAUUUAUGGCCUUAUGCAUUUUUCCCUUCGAUGCUAACAUAUAAGCUCACUUUAAUCGCACUUAACACCGGCUUCGUUCAAUGGAGCAUCUUUUCAUUUGGUUUGUUCGUCUAACGUUGCACUCAUCGGUUUCGAUACUUUAUAUUACACCGUAAUUUAACUGCUGCGAUCGACAGGAUAAUGCAGAUUCUUACCAUCACUUCUAACGGUCGCUUUACGUGCGAUCGGGCACACGUGUUCUUCGAAGAAUCCUGCUCGACGUAAAAUAAAACAAAAUCAAC